AUGAUGAUGAUGUGCCGUCUGCUGUGCGCCCUGUUGGUGCUCUCCCUGUGCUGCCGCCCGUACGUGUGUGCGGUAGGCACUGUCCCGACUGAACCUCAAACUGAGGGAAACGACGCCGGCCUGCCGUCCACUACAUCUGGGACUAAGCCUAAUUCUCAGGAUUCCGCCGAAGCAAGUCCAUUGCUCUCUUCAGAAACAAAAACUAGUCUGGAUCCGAAAGCUGACGUUGAUGCGAAGGGGAAGGACACCAGUCCGCCGUCCGCUACAGCGGAUGGAGCACUUCGGAGCACCGUUGAGUCAGGGUCGUUAGGCCAGGAGUCCAGUACGGCGCAGGAAAACGCCGCCAGUUCAUUGCCCCCUGCACCACCCACUGGGCCUAGCAAGAAAACUGAGACGGAUCCGCCGGACGAAAAUAAUUCUAAAAAUACCAUGACGCUUGAGGAUCCUUCCAAGACGACCACCACGACCACUACAACAAAAGCACCAACCACGACCACCACCACUGCGCCAGAGGCACCAAGUGCUACGACUACAGAGGCGCCAACCACGACGACCACCCGCGCACCGUCACGUCUUCGCGAAGUUCACGGCAGCCUCAGCAGCUCUGCGUGGGUGUGUGCUCCGCUGCUGCUCGCCGCAUCCGCGCUGGCGUACACCACUCUGGGCUGA